CGGUGCGCUGCCCGAGUGACCGACAGUUGAAACCCCUCGAGCGCACGGCUUUAGCUUGGCGGUGUCACGUCUCCGACUCAAAGAUUAAAAAAAAAAAUUACAAGAAAAGAAAUUGCUGGUAAAAACUGCUUGAAACCCACCAAGAAGCGGAUUCCGAAGUUGAUUUUUUUUCUUCAGCAGCAGAAGAUAGAGACCUACCCGGUUUUCCCGGGCACUGAGGAAUUCUGCGCGAGGGGCUGCCAGGCUGUGAUUCACUGAGCCACCACAGCUCAAAGUUACAUCAGAGCCCGACUUUCCCCUCGAACUCGUAUAAAACUUAACAGCCGAGUGACAAGUCAAAUCAUGGGAUUAUUAGCCUACUGUGAUGUGGAUUGUAAAGCCGUUUGAGCAACAGCUCAGUUUGCGUUGGGACCAUGUGAGUGGAUUCGCGUCGUGGCUUCUGACGUUUCUGGAUAUUUUGAAAAUCAUCGGCAACAGUUGAACCCGACGUCUUGUCCUUCCUUUUCAUCAGGUGUCUUGUCUCGUGGGACCAAAAAUGAGACUUUAGCCUGAUUAGUUCUCCUGACCCCCACCGUUAGGAAGCUCCAUCCAUGUCUGCCCUGUUUUCUGAGACUCUCUCUGAUGCUUUUGAACAAGUUCGCCUAUCAUACGAUAGGAUUUUAACCAGACUUUCGCGUUGCGCCAUGUCAGUCAUGAACUUGGCCGUGCGCUUGUUGCAGUUGUUUUGCGUGACGCUCCUAUAUUUCUCAGCUGUCAAGAGUGCCUAUAUCCCCAAAGAGAAUGGAGGCAGCACAAAUGAGGUCGUGCCCUUUACUGAGGUCUACAAUAAGUCGAUGUGCCGGCCACGGGAGAUGCUGGUGGAGGUCCAUCAGGAGUAUCCUGAUGACAUUGAGCACAUUUUCAUUCCGUCCUGUGUGGUGCUUAUGCGCUGUGCUGGCUGCUGCAAUGACGAGAUGUUGGAGUGCACACCCACUGCCACCCGCAACAUCACCAUGGAGGUACAAAAAUUAAAACCCCUGCGCAUCAAACGCAACUACCCAAUGAGUUUUGCAGAACACACUGAAUGUGAAUGCAGAGUAAAGAAAGACAUACAAGAUAAGACAGAGAAAAAACCCCGGAAAGGCAAGGGGAAAGGUCAAAAGGGAAAGCGAAAGAAAAACCGCGACAAAACGCGGGAUUUUACUCACUGUAAACCAUGCUGCAGUACAUGUUCUGAGAGGAGAAAAAGGCUAUACAUUCAGGACCCUGAAACGUGCCUGUGCACCUGCAAACACUCAGAGGCUGACUGUAAGCAAAAACAGCUCGAACUCAAUGAGAGGACUUGCAAAUGCGACAAGCCAAGGAGAUGAGCAGGAUCAGCCUAUAUAUGUUUUUUUCUGAAUAAAGGCAUAAACACUAAUAAUGAAUAGCACCGCACUUUGAACCUUCAAUUUUAAUCUGUCAACCCCGGACUCUUGAAGCAUUCCCCUCAACUGACAGAGAGUGAGUGAGCAAGUCUUCCCCCUGUAAAUUUCACCAUAAAUGUGUAUAUUGAGUAAAGAUUUGAGCAAAGACUGAAAGAACAAGUAGAGUUGCUGCUAAAUUUCUGCCUAAGAGGAUUGGCCAUGUCAUUCCCCCAGCUGAUCAUUUCUGUUUUUCAGUUUGCCUCAAAAAUUGAUUUUCUCUGCAUAUAUAAGGGCUGUGUGGUUUCUAAAAAAAAAAAAAAAAAAAAAAAAAGCUAGGUGUAUGUGUGUGUGUGUGUGUGUGAGAGAGAGAGAGAGAGAGAGAUUGAGAGAAAAAGAGGCAGUAUGUAGUAUGAGACACAGGGGAACUAAACUAGACUUGUGAGUGAGUUUUCAAGGCUACAUACUUAUAACAAUAAAAUAUAGCCAAAAGAAACACCUACCUUUUUAUUUUAUUGUUGUCAGAUAGAAGAGGCUGCCUAAAUUUAGUUUAUUUACAUUCUCUGUUAUUUAUUUACUCCCUGUAAAUAUGUCUAGAUUUAAGGUCUUUUUGUGUUUGUGUAAUGUAGUAAAGUAUAUUUAUUUUCAAAUUAUAUUACAUUUUUUUUUCUAUAAAAUGUUUGAAAAUCUGUG